AUGGCUCCUUCGAGUGCUUUCAUCAAUAGCAGAAACAAAAACGACAGCACACCAUUACAUCUGGCAUGCGAAUGGAGCACCAAAUCUCAAGGAGAAACAUUAGAAAUUACUCGGAUCCUUCUAGAUAAUGGUGCAGAUUUCAAUGCAAAGGACCACAACCAAAUGACUCCAUUACAUAUUGCAUCAAGAGACAAUUCCUCAGAAGUCAUAUAUUACAUUCUAAGGGAUAAAGGACACCGAUUAAUUAAGGAUACGUUACUCAACCUAUCUAUCCAUUACGCCGUAUUAAUCGGCGACAAAGACGUAAUACUCAAUAAUGAAAUCCCUUUGUUCUUAGCUUCAAGAGAAGGGCACUCUAACAUUGGAGCUUUGCCCUUACAUGUUGGAGUAGAAGAUAUUCAACCUGACAUCAAUAGAAGAACUGCUUUGCACCGCAACGUCGCCAGAGGUCACUCAGAAAUAGUGAUACUCCUUCACCAAGCUAUUUUAAAUAAAGAAAAGGAAGAUAAGUGGGGAUUCAUAGCAUUAAACUACGCUGCUUCUUGGAAAGGAUACCAAGAGGUUAUAUGA